AUGGUCCUCUUUCCCUCCCGCUCAAUGCGGGAGGCACCAUCGUGUUUAAAAAAAAUCAUUUGUGUAUUCCAGCCCGGAUGUGACUCACCUCAGCAAAAGUAUAGACACUUUAACUUUUCCAGAUAUGUGUUCACAUGUCUUUCGAUCCCACUCUUGGACUCACCCGCUCAGCACAGCACGCACAUGAUCCUUCUUGGAGUCGUUCAACGACGAGUCGGCGUCUUCUCGCAAUGCCGCUCGAUGUAUCCUUCAGCCUUAAAUGCCUUCCACAACGCCACGAUUUCAUUCAUCCAGUCGCGAUUACCCUUUAACGCCUUGAUCUUAGUCUUGUCGUCAUCAACCUCCUUAUCAUUAUCCUCCUUAUCGUCAUCCUCCUUCUUAUUAUCCUCCUUCUCAUCAAGUCUUUGCAGCUCCUUUCUCUGCUGGCAAAUAAAGUGUAAUAGUGGAUAUAGUCUUGAGCUUCUUGGCUCGUCGAGCCGUUGCCGACAACAGUUCGGAUUGCUGCUGACAUGCUGUUUGUGGAGUUGUGGAGUUGUGGUGUGUGCAGAGAUGCAAACCCGGGGUUAUAUCCCUUUAUAUACCUCUUGA